CGCGCAGGCGCACUCCCUACACGCUCCUCUGGCCGCUGAUCCUCCAUCGCAUCCCGGAUCCUUUGCCGCAGCGUCAGCGCCGCCUCCUCCUCUUUUCCUCUUCCUCCUCCGCCCCCUCUCGCUUCCCGGCUUCUCCAGUCACGGUUCCCGGAGCCGGUACUGAGCCCGGGGGCGCGGGGUGCCAUGCUGCCCGGGUGGCGGCGCUGAAGCAUGGCGACGCCGAUCCCUCCGCCUUCCUCGCGGCACCUGCGGCUGCUGCGGCUGCUGCUCUCCGGCCUCAUCCUCGGAGCGGCCCUGAACAGUGCCACCGCCCGCCGCCCGGAUGCUCCCACCUGUCCUGGAAGCCUGGACUGUGCCCUGAAGAGGCGGGCCAGAUGCCCACCGGGCGCGCAUGCCUGUGGACCAUGCCUUCAGUCCUUCCAGGAAGACCAGCAAGGGCUCUGUGUACCCAGGAUGCACCAGCCUUCUGGGGAGGACCUGCCCCAGCCCAGACUGGAAGAGGAGAUCGAUUCUCUGGCCCAGGAACUAGCGCUGAAGGAGAAGGAGGCUGGGCACUCAAGGCUUACAGCGCAGCCCUGGCCUGAGGCUGCCCAGAAGCUCCUGGAGCCUGCUACUCUGGGAUUCUCACAGUGGGGUCAAGGACUGGAGCCCGGCCUCCCCUCCACUCAUGGAACCUCCCAGCCCACGCCCUACGCCUCCUUGGGCUCCCCUGUAUCUUCUGGGCCCGUGCACAUGUCCCCGCUGGAGCCCCAGGGCGGACAUGGAAAUGGCCUCACCCUUGUGCUGAUCCUGGCUUUCUGCUUGGCCAGCACAGCCGCCCUGGCUGUGGCAGCCCUCUGCUGGUGUAGGCUCCAGCGGGAGAUUCGCCUGACUCAGAAGGCCGACUAUGCUGCCACAUCCAAGGCGCCCACUUCACCUUCAACACCGCGAAUCUCGCCCGGGGAUCAGCGGCUGGCGCACAGCGCUGAGAUGUAUCACUACCAGCACCAGAGACAGCAGAUGCUGUGCCUGGAGCGGCAUAAGGAACCUCCGAAGGAACUGGAGUCAGCCUCCUCCGAUGAGGAGAAUGAAGACGGCGACUUCACGGUGUAUGAGUGCCCAGGCCUGGCACCGACAGGGGAGAUGGAGGUGCGCAACCCGCUGUUUGACCAGUCCUCGCUGGCGGCACCAGUGCCGGGUCCCCACUCCUCACCUUCUCCGCUGCAGUGACUCCUAGGGUGACGCCCACUUGCCUGCAGCCCUCGGCCCGCCGAUGAGAGAAGCAAGUCCUGGUGUUCCCCACGGAAAAGAACAGCAUUGUGACCCUCUGCAUGCUUCUGGCAGGAGGGAGGCACCAGCCCCUGGGCUUCCUUGCCAGGGAGAUUCUCCACCUUAUGCGGGAGACCUAGCAUCUGCUUGCACAUUCUCUGCCUGGUCUGAACCCUCAAACUGGAGGGACUAGUCCAGGACCCCUAGAGCCAGGCAUGGGUAGAGAGUUCUGGAGACAAAAGCCAAUUAAAGUCUUUUUCAAACCUG